AUGGAUAUAGUCUCUAAGCAUAUUGACAUUUUAUAUCGCUUUUAUUCAUCUGUUUCCGCAUAUGUUCCUUCUCGCGCCCGUCACAACAGGUUCUAUGGAAAGGCAGAUUAUACACUUCGUGCUCUUGGAGCAUAUUAUCGCCCGUUGCCUCCUCCUCCUGAUACGGAGAAACUAGAAGAACAAGGUGGCGAUGGAGGAGAUUAUUGGGACGACAGUAAUUCUUUCAGUGGUACUAGAAAGAUAUUCAUUGGAUUAACUGAAACUGCUAUCGGUUUUGUCAAGUUUAUGUAUGUCCAAAACGAUAGUGUAAUCUUCGGUGAUGAUCAUGGGAGCAAGACCCUAUCUGAUUUAAAUGAUCCUGCGGAAUAUCUCACUUCAGUGGAGGGUGCCUAUGAUGAUAAAUCUGGAGUUAUAACCAUGCUUAGGGUCACUACCAGCAACAAAAACUCUAGGGCUUUCGGAUUCAGUACAACAUCAACCUUCACACUCCACAAGGAUGGACAUAAGAUCGUUGGGUUUCAUGGAAAAUCCAGCUACAUGCUUCAUCAAAUUGGGGUCCAUGUUCUUCCCAUUCCAUGA